AUGUUCAAAAAGUUCCCUGCGCUCGGACAGCCCGACGAAUUGGCCAUCCACAGGAUCGUGCGGGAGGGGACAAACGUCGACCAUCUCAAAGGUCAGCUGCCGGAGAAAAUGCUAGAGUCGUACGCUUUACCCCGGUUUCGUAAUCGAACCGCCGCUUUGACCUUCUCGGUGGCCUUAGGAUCGAAAGUUCCUAAGAGGGCGACAUUGGACUUCAUCCCUGGCCAGCUGAUUGAGAAGGAAAUGAACAGUUGUGUGACAGGACUGAAAGGUCCAUCGACAUGA